UUCUCCGCGGAAGCAAAACCCUCAACCCCCCAAAAAACAAAAUGGGCAGCAGGAAAGGACCCCCAAAGCACCAAAACAAAUUCGCCUGGAAACCCAACGCCGGCGUCAAGAUCAACGAAACGGAAGUCGGCGGAAGGUUCAGGCCGUUGUCCGAGGUUACGGGCGUGUGCCUACGUUGUAAAGAGCAGAUCGAAUGGAAACGCCGUUACGGAAAAUACAAGUCCCUCACCGAACCUGCCAAAUGUCAACGAUGCUCCAAACGCGCCGUUCGUCAAGCUUACCAUAAUCUCUGUCCUGGUUGUGCUAAGGAGCAGAGUGUAUGCGCAAAAUGCCGUUGCCGUGUGGGUCGUAUAGUCGGAAGAGAUUCUUCAGAAGUAGAGGCCGAGCAAAAGUUGCUUGACGAGGCCAUUAAGAAUGCUCGAGAAAGGGACCGGAGGACUCUGCUACGUGCAAUGAACAAAGAUAAAUCUAAAAGUUCAGCGAAAACUACAGCCAAUGAAGAAAACAAGGUUGGGGAGUUAAUUUCCAAUAUCUCACUUGAGGAACAUGCUGAGCUGAGUGGAGAUGAUACUGGUGAUGAGGGAGAUGAGGAUCUAGGUUUGAAUUAAGGUGUGUGAAUUCCCAAUUCCGAACAACGACAUGUACUAUGAGGACACCAAAUACUUUUUGUUCCCUGAUAUACUAAAAUAUCACAUUUACCAGAAAUGUAGUCUCUUUUUAAGUGGGAGGGGGGAGGGGGGGCAUAGUUAAGAUUUAGUAGUAUUAAUGCCUUUCUCCCAUUUUAUGUUCCUGCAGGUUGCUCAUUCUGUAUAAGUGCUUAAGUCUCUAUAACAGUGAAAUGUGAAAAUCUGACAAACGGGUUAAAUUGAUUAGUAAAGUUAAGAGCUUGAAUUCCCAGUCAGAUUUGGGUCAAAAA